GUCUCUGUCUGUCUGUUGACUUCUGCUGUAGGCUCAGGGCUGAUAAAUUGUUCCAAACCUUUUUAUUUGUUUGUUUUUAGCAUAUUCAUCUUGCAGCUUUGUGUCCUAUCACAGCCAUGAAGACGACCAUGCUCUCUGUCGCCAUGGUGAUGAUCUGUGUGACGAUGGCGCACUCAUUGAAGCCACAAAAGGAUUUCAACUUGGAAAAGUUUGCAGGUAAAUGGUACCGAGUGGGGCUCGCCUAUGACUCUCCAGGCUUUAUCCCUUUAAGAGACAAAGUGAAGAUCUCCAUGGGCGUCAUCACAACACUCCCCAGUGGCAAUGUCAACCUCACAAUGUGGGAAGCUCUAUCUGUGGCCUGCAUUCGUAAAUUUUACCAGUAUAACAAGACAAGCGUGCCUGGACAGUUCAUCUACUUCAGCACCCGCCAUCGCAUGGUGAAGGACAUCACUGUUGUGGACACAAACUACACUGAGUAUGCUGUGGUUCUCAAAUGCAAGAAUUUUCACAGAGAGUACACACAGGCUGCGCUUUACAGUCGCUCACCAAGAACCAAAGUACAAGUCCUGCAGAAGUUUAAGGCCUUUGCUUUGUCCCGUGGUUUCCCCAGAGCAUCUAUUCUGACCCCUCCUCCAGCAGACAACUGUCCAGCAUCAGGAUCUGGAUAAUAGCUCAGAGGAAGCCGAAAGAAUUUAUUCCGAUGUUUUGCUUAAUAUUAACAAUAGAGAUGCAAUCAAUACAUAUAAGUCUAUUUUCUCAGUUUCUUUCAUUUUUGCUGUCCAAUUUAAAUAAAAAACAAUAACAUCUCCUUGUAUUUCCUCAAACCUUUUUGUAUAAAUGUUUGAAAUUACUUGAAAUUUGUUUAAAAAAAAAACAGUUUCAGGGUUUGAAUCCAUCAGUAUCUACUUUUUGUGCUCCUCAGUUUCAGAAGCAACUGCCUGAAAAUCUGAGAUGUGCAGAAACUUUACAUCAAGACUGAAAACAUUGUUUACUGCAGCCUACCUACAAAGGUCAAAGGGUUGAUUUUGUUUUACAAAUUUUCUCUGUUUUCUUUUCAUUUACUCAAAUUGUAUUAUUUUUAUAGGGUUUUUUUUUAUCUUUUAUGUCAUUCUGUCUAAUGUUUUUAAGCUUUUAUGUGUUUUUUAUGUUUUAAUUUGUUUUUUUAUCUGGGUUUCUUUACUCUCCCUGUGAAGCAUUUUGGAUUGCCCUUUGUGUUACAGUGCUUUGAAAUAACAUUGUUUAUGAAAUAUAAAAAGCUAGUUAUAUUCUAUAAAGUAAAUAGUGGUAAGGUGGGGCGGAAUACAAGAGUUUCAUAGCAUGUCCUAGAAUUAGAAAACAUUUUAAUCUGAUGCAAUACAGUCAAAUUGUCAAAUACCACAACUUCAAAAUAAAAGUCAACUUUAUGUAAUGCAUGUUUUUACACUCCAACGGCAGUAAUAUGUCAAAAAAAAGAAAAAAAUGAAGCCUAAGGAACAUUUUUAUCCACAAAGGUCCCAAUUGAAGCGUCUUGCAAUACAUAAAUAUACUAAAAAAUCAAGUCCAUUUUGUAUCUCAUCUUUAAAAUAAUCAAGAUCUUAAUUACCAACAAAUCUCCAAUCACCCACAUGUUUAUUCAGUGGAAAAUAAUAAACGCCAAAGUAAUUAAAUUGGAAAUUAAAGGGUUAAAAUCCUUAAAUCAACUGAAGUAGUUUUGAACAAAUCUGAAGUGGACAUUUAAGGGGGGGGGGGAUUAAAAAUGUAUUAUUUUAUGUGUACUUACUUAUGAAGGAUAAUUUGCAUUUGUUUGUGGCUUAAAUAAAUAAAUACAUUGAAUUACAA